AUGAAUACUGCACGACAGUGGCACACAGCAUCCGUAUUACCAAAUGGAAAAGUGUUAGUCACCGGUGGAGAAUAUACUGUUGACUUUGAUCUAAGUACUACUGAAUUGUAUGAUCCAUCAACGGAAACUUGGACAACGACUAGCAGUAUGAAUUAUGUACGAGGAAGUCACACAGCAUCCAUAUUAACAAAUGGGAAAGUGUUAGCUACUGGUGGAUUACUUAGUGAUUAUUUUUAUUUCUAUGGUGCUAUAUUGUACGAUCCACCAGUAGGAAAUUGGACAAUGAUUAAUGGUAUGCAUUAUGCACGAAAACGGCAUACAGCAUCCGUAUUGACAAAUGGAAAAGUGUUAGUUACUGGUGGAUACAAUGGUAGUACUCCUCUCAAUAGUGUUGAAUUGUAUGAUCCAUUAACAGGCACUUGGACAACGACUGGUAAUAUGAAUUGUGCACGAUUUUCGCACACAGCAUCUGUAUUAACAAAUGGACAAGUCUUAAUUACUGGUGGAUAUAAUGCUGAUUCUGCUAUAAAUAGCACUGAGUUGUACGAUCCAUCAACAGGUACUUGGAAAACGACUAGCAGUGUGAAUAAUGCACGAGGAAGUCAUUCAGCAUCUGUAUUACAAAAUGGAAAUGUGUUUGUUUCUGGUGGACUUGAUAAUUUUACUCUAAAUACUUCAAAGUUAUAUUAA